AUGUCAUACAUGCUUGAGCACCUCGACUCCUCACUUCCAGUAACAGCGAUUCAAGUGAUUGAUAGUUCUGAUGGCAGAUUUAUCCUAAGUGGCUAUGGGCCAUAUCUCCAACUAGUUGAUGAGGCCAGUGGUACUCGGCUGGAUCGGAUUCAAAUAUUUGAGAGAAACACCGUCCAUGGUAUUCAACUUGCCAGUUUGGCAUUUGCGAAAUCCGCUGUCAAUGUUACCAGCUUUCUCGUUUGGGGUGGUCAGUCCUUCCGACUAUUCAGGUUAAAUCUUGGAAGUUGCUCAUUUUCAGUUUCCAGCCCGGAGUGUGCAGCUCCUGACUGGAUCCUGAAUGCAAAUUUCUAUCGUCCAGAGGACAAUGAUCUAAACUCCUCCAUAGCAAAUAGAGCUUGUUUGAUAACUGCACAUAAUGUUCUCUUUGGGUUAGAAUGGGAAGAUGACUCUAUGACAUACCAGGCGGACAUUCGACUGCGCCAGAUUGGAACGGGGUUGAAGUCGGUCCUAUAUUCUGCUGAUGUUUCAUGGCUAUCACCGGAACAGAUUCUCGUCGCUGCAGGAACGGUGUUUGGGGAAAUAGUUGUUUGGUCAUCUCGCCUUCCUACUACGCAGAGAUAUGUUUGCUGGGAAAACUCCUCCGUUACUAUCCAUCAUCUCUUCACUGGACACGAUGGGUCAAUUUUUGGAGUGGAUAUAUCUCCCAAAAUCCGCUGGCUGGACAACCAGACUCGAAGGUUCCUGGCAAGUUGUAGCGACGACAGAACUAUACGGAUUUGGGAUAUUUCGGCCUGUUCUUCGCCUCUUGCAACCGAAAAAUAUGAAAGGGCAGCAGCAAGACCUGCAACUCGCUCUACCGGAUUUGGAAACAUUUUCCGUGAUGAUUUGGAUAUCGACCCGGAAGCCUGUAUUGCGAAAGCAUGGGGUCACACCUCUAGGAUUUGGAAGGCGAGCUUCGUGGAUAUGACUAUUUCACCGCAAGCAGCCUGUUUGGAACUCGUGUCUCUCGGCGAAGAUGCUUCCUGCCAAGUUUGGCGCUUGAGGUUGCAAUACGACUCGCAUGUUGAAGAACACCUUGUCUCAUAUAAACAUACAAUUCUUCAACAUAUGUCAACGCAUGCCUACCAUACUGGAAAGAAUAUUUGGUCCAUGGCAGUGCAUAAAUCACCGGACUCGACGACAGUGUACUCCGGAGGUGCAGACGGAAGUGUACACUCAUUCGUUAUUGGGACAAAUGAGGCGUCCUCUAAACAUCGGUCGCAAAUACGGACAUACGAUAUAUAUGAUCUUUCGCAACGUCUCCCUGUGUCCGUCGGCUCCAUGCCUGGUAAAGCACGGAGACAAAAAUCAGAUGACAGGUUGAAUCGAUAUGCAUUUGUUUCUGAAACUUGUAUUCUUGGGUUAUCUUCCCAUGGUAAGCUGAACGUGGGUCGCAUUUCAGGUCUGGAAAGUAUAGAGCCUCAACCGAUGGAUAAGACGCACUCCCCAACAAUCUCCUGGGAGAAUAUUGAGGUUCUGGAUUCACCCGGAUCUCAGUUUGCUAUGGCUAGCCAUCCAGAGCUAGGGAUUGGGAUGAUCGGUGAUGUGCAAGGUACUCUGUGGUGGUACAGAAAUGACACUAGGGGAAUCUUUACAUUGAUUCAGUUGGAAAAGAAGAUAACAGGCAUAUUUUUCGCAUCCUCACAGACCAAAUAUGAUAAUAACAUUGACCCUAUGUCUUCAAUCGCUGCGGUCACUACAUCUCUGGGAACACCGAGCACAAAUCUAUUUUUGAUCCCUGACAAAAAUUUUCCUGAGAACUUUACGAGGAUAUCCCUGGAUCUGCCUCCCACAUUCCUGACGACAAGCGCUGCUUUCAUUGGACACAAGUUUCUCUUAAUAUUAGGGGCUAAAACAGGGCAUCUAAGUGUUUUUGACCUGAAAAAUGCCAAAGACCCUACUCCCCGUGUUCCAGCGCUUACCGUUUUCAAUUUACAUGCAAGGGACACUGUAACGUCAGUCACUCCACUACCACAGCUUCAGCUCCAGGAGGAACGAAUUUUGACUACGGGAAGAGAUGGAUACUAUUGUAUCCACUCACUCGCUGGGACCGGGGAUUCGAAAUCUCCAUGGGCACUACAGACCAUUCAUAAAAUGGCUCCACCAUUUGGACCCUAUAUUGAAGGUGGUUACUUCGAUAAAGCCACAAACCAUUUGAUUCUCUUCGGAUUUAAAAGCACUGAGUUUACCGUAUGGAAUGAAUCAACCCAAACCGAGCGAGCAACUAUUGAAUGCGGUGGUGCUCAUCGAAUCUGGGCCUACAACCCAUAUCACGCUGGUGAUUCAAGCGAGGUUUUUGCAUGGACCAAAGCAUCUACCUUUAACUUGUUUAAAAAAACAUCCGUGCUACACCGUGCUGUGACGCUUGGCACCCAUGGGCGAGAGGUAAAAGUAGCGGCUAUUUCGGAGGCUCCUUUCGAAGACGGAGGCAAUAAACAUAGGAUUAUUGCUACGGGAGGUGAGGACACUUUAAUUCGCAUAUCCAUCUUCGAAGAAAUGACUUCUUCCAAGUCGCGGGCCAGUUUGACUUGCUUGCGAAGUUUGAAAAAGCACAAUGCGGGUAUCCAACACCUACAAUGGUCGCCAUGCGGAAAGUUUUUAUUCAGCAGUGCGGGAGCUGAAGAAUUCUAUAUCUGGAGACUUCGAUCUAUUCGCGGCUUCGGGAUGGGGGCCAUUUGUGAGGGAGAAUGUCCAAAGACAGCAGAAGAUUCCGACUUACGGAUCACAAGUUUUGAUGUUCUGCAGACCGCCACCCACGAUGAGACAGAAAAUUCGUUCCUGCUCUGCUUAGCAUAUUCUAACUCAACUGUCAAUAUUUUCCACUACGUCUCCGCCGCUUCCGGUGGUUCGUUUAUUCAUCUCAGCAAAGGCCGAUACAUGGCAAACUGCCUUACAGAGAUAUACUUCUCCAACUCGACUUUAGGGCUAUCAUUGAUUACUGCUUCCACAGACGGAUAUAUUGCCACAUGGGACACCUCCGAAAGCUUGAAUGAUAUAUAUUAUCUUUCUAACGACGGGUUAAGACAACCCCGAGGAACCAAGACGUCUGCAGAACCGCGGUCGAUAAACUGGCAACAUCGGUACUGCAUUCAUCAAAGCAGCGUCAAAGCCAUGGUGAUAUCUCCUUUAUCUAACGGAGAAUGCCUAAUUGUGACUGGCGGGGACGACAAUGCCAUUUCAGUUUCCCGCCUUAGAAUAGGCAAUGGUGCGAAUUCGGACCGUGCCAAAAAAUCAUUUUCUACAAUAUCACUACCCCAAGCACACGCGUCGGCUGUAACUGCUAUGUCUGUCCUGGAGAAGCCGGCCCGACUAGUAAGUAUGCGCCAGCAAGAUUAUGCCGUAUUUGAGUUGCUCAUCGCAUCGACUGGAAACGACCAGCGUCUUAAGCUCUGGUUAGUUGAAUUGGACUUUGCGAGAUCUGGCGAGGAUGGAAUUCGCGUAUCCCUGUUGCAAGAUGUGUACACUUCAGUAGCAGAUAUGUCGUCGAUGAGUAGCUUCAGAACGCAUAUUGGCAGGGGUGACAACAAUGAGCUGAGGACAUUGAAAAUUUGUUUACUUCUUUGCGGAGUCGGGGUAGAUUUGUGGUUCUUGAGGAUGGCAUGA